AUGGUGGGUCAGAACUACCUCCCAGACGAAGGCGACCAGGAUUUCCAGGGCCUAAUUCGGCAGUUUAUGGAACCAACAAGAGAGGAUAUCCUCACAUCCCGAUAUGAUCAAUCUAGCCACCCCGAAAACGCAUUUUCCGCUGUUUUCUAUCACACAAGCCAGCUCACAUUCCCAAUCCCUGAGAAUCAGGAGCCUAAUUCCAUACCAUUGUCAUUUAUUCUACACUGGAUGAUCACGGCUUGCUAUGGCCUUGGAGAGAUGUUUUUGGAAACAAUCCGGACCGUUACCAUUCCACUUUCCAUUAUUCAAGGCCAAGGGAAAUCUCAAUUGUCCUGGGGCCCUUGGCAGACUUUACGAGAGAGAAAACCCUCCGUUUUCUCCUCUGGUAAUUUACAAUGUGCGUACACUAUGUGCGCCUCUUCCAAGCUACUGACUGCUGUCCAGUUUAUGAAAGGAUCAAUAGAAGAAAAUAAGAUCAAAGGCGAGGUACCAUAUGGUUUAUUCCUCCUUUUUGCCGCUUUCAACAAGGAUCCAGCGCGAGGAGAGUAUGCGUCCUUCGUCAUCAAUAUGCGUAGUACCUCACUUACCUGCUUACAAAUUACGAAACUUGUGGCUUCUGGGUCUUAUUUGCAGGCGUUGUGUCAAGGCAAGCCUUUGGAGGAGCAUUUGAAGAUCUACCGUUCGCAUGGAUUUGAUCUCGUAGAGCCAGAAGGGCGCAAGGCAUUUUUGGUGAUGUUCAUGGGUGUAGUCAACUACGUGAUGAAAAGCCCAGAGUGA